AUGAUCCAAGCAAACUCCAAGCCAGAGAAAAUGGAGGAUGGCCUCACACCAACACAGUCUCGUGAUGGGGUGGGAGAAGUCUUACCGCAGAACGAGCUCCGCCGAGAUUUCAAGCCCCGACAAGUCUUCAUGUUCUCUAUCGCGUGCGCCAUUGGAACCGGACUGGUUAUUGGCUCAGGAACUGCACUCUCUCGGGGAGGUCCAGCAAGUCUCUUGAUCAGCUACCUUGUCAUUGGCACCGUGGUCUUCUUUGUUAUGACAGCCCUGGGAGAGAUGGCCGCGUUUCUGCCCAUGAACAAAGGCUUUGGUGGCUAUGCUACUCGAAUUGUUGAUCCCGCCUUCGGAUUUGCUACCGGAUGGAACUACUUCUUCAAAUAUAUCAUCGCAACCCCUACCAACCUUACUGCUGCUGGCCUUGUCAUUCGAUACUGGAGGCCUGAUCUGAAUGUUGGAAUCUGGAUCGCGGUGUUUGGGUUCGUGAUAAUCUGUAUCAAUAUCUUUCACGUCAAUGCAUUCGGAGAGACAGAGUUUUGGCUCGGAACCAUCAAAGUCAUAGUCAUGUGCAUCCUGAUAUUGACCUGCCUCGUAUCUGCUCUCGGCGGCGGACCCAACCACCAUCGAACCGGCUUUCAAUAUUGGAAGGACCCCGGUGCUUUCGCCUCAUACCUCGUCAAGGAUAGCAUGACUGGCAGAUUUCUCGGGUGGUGGGCAUGCAUGUGUCAGGCCUGCUUUGCGUUUACAGGGACUGAGGUCGUGGGCAUGACCUUUGGCGAGACGCCCAAUCCUCGAAAGAAUAUUCCGCGAGCGGUCCGGCAGACCUUUUGGAGGAUCUCCGUCUUUUAUAUCCUCGGUGUGGUUGUUCUUGGCAUGGCCGUGCCGUAUGAUAAUGAGCAGCUCAUUGGCGCAACAAAGCAAUCGACCAGCGCAGCCGCUUCGCCAUUCGUUGUUGCCGCUACAUUAGCUGGCAUUAAAGUAUUCCCGGAUUUCAUCAACGCUUCUCUCCUAGUCUUCACCCUCAGCGCGGCCAGCUCAGACAUAUAUUGCUCAUCCAGAUCCCUCUAUGGCCUAGCAAAGGAUGGCCAAGCCCCUAGGAUCUUCGCCAAGACUAUGGGCAAUGGCAAUCCAAUUUGGGCGGUGGCCUUCUCAAGCAGCUUCUUCGCCCUCGCGUUCCUCAACGUUAGCAAGUCCUCGGCGUCUGUUUUCCAAUAUUUCGUCAGCCUCGUUACAAUCUUUGCCGUUCUCAACUGGAUUGCCAUCUUGGUCUCGCACAUCUCGUUCCGUAGGGCGCUGAAGGCGCAAAAUAUCGAACUUGACAGCCUCCCCUAUGUCGGACUCUUGCAGCCAUAUGGUUCAUACUUCGCCAUAUUCAUCUCUGUCCUUGUAAUAAUUUUCAAUGGCUACGAUGCUUUUAUCCCGCAUUUCCAGGCCGACACAUUUGUUUUGAAGUACCUAGGGAGUGUCCUGUUUCUAAUAAACAUCACCUUCUGGAAACUCUAUAAAAAGACGAAGAGAGUCAAGGCUCUCGAGGUGGAUAUGGUGACGGGCAGACGGGAGUUUGAAGAAACAGAGAGUCCUGCCGAUCAUGAGUGGAAUGAGAGCUUCUGGAAGAAAGCGAUCUGUAAGUUGAAGAUGGUUAAAGAUUGA